AUGAAGAGAAAUGAGAAGAUGUUACAAAAAGUUUUUGAAGCUGAAAGAAGUAAAAGUCUCAAAAGAGCAGCUGAAUUGGAGACAAGCAAUAAAAAAGUUUGCUUGGUGCAAAAUAAAGCCGAAGUAAUAGAAGACAACAUUUUGGCUCGCGAAAUAUUGAUAGAUGAAGAAGUUCAGGUUACUGUUGAAGAAUGCGCUGAAUCAAGAGAUAGUAAUUCUACACCUACAUUCAAUAUAAUAAACUACUCCGCAGAAACUGCUGCAACACCUUUGGCACCAUUAUUUUCACCCAUAACUCCGAUAGACCGGAAUACUUUUCUAUCUGGAAACAAUAUCACGAUACCUGAAAGUAGCGAAAAUUCUUCACCCGUUCGGACUAUGUCACCAGAUACUCAACAAUUAUUUGACACAAUGGCCAAAGCUAUACUUUCUGAUUUUAUAGACGAUGACAGUGUUAAAGAUCCUGACUAUACCGUCAAUGAGGAUUUAAAUACCAGUUUCUCAGAUGACGAAUGUACUUCACACACAGUCAUUGAGACAGCUUUGGUCCAUACAACAAAAUUAAAUGGUCCAAAACAUUUUUCAUCAGUUUCUACUCGACAACCCAAAAUAAGCCAUGACAAUGCUUCGAUGUCUUUAGAUGAGAUCGACGACAAUAACAAAAUAAUUAGUAAGCCUGAAAAAAAAAGCGGAAAUAAUUGCCAAACUCGUCGUAUUCAAGUGAAUGUCCCCGGUCCAACAAAAAGACGAUGCUCUGAAAAUGACUUACAACAGUAUAACCAAACGCAACAACCAUCAAAGAAGUUAAUCAGAAGUGCUUCUGUCUCUGACGUGGGAUUUUCACAGCAAACAAAAGCAAAUAAGCCAAUUUCGCCAAAGAAAAGACGUGUUGCUGAUCCUACCAAAUGGAAAAGACGUAUCGAAAGAGACAAACGCUUAAAAGGUGAAGCAUAUAAAACUGUUAAAGGUAAAUUGAUGUCAGCUGCGCCUUUAAAGCAACCAAAGUGUUUGGAAAAUCCAAAACAUAAAUGCAACGAAAGUGUCCCUGAAGAUGCGUGGAAAAAAAUUUAUGAGUCAUUUCGUGCUCUUGGAAGUUUAGACGCACAACGUCAAUUUAUAAUUCAACACGUGACAAAAGACAAAAAGAAAAGAUCAACGACAAGUGGCCGUUCACGCAAAGAGUCUACGCACCACUAUCAUUUUACAAUAAGGAAUGAGAAGGUCACAGUUUGCAGAGUUUUUUUUUUAAACACCUUGAAUAUAAAAGAAGGCAUUGUGAGAGGAGCUUUGAAAAAGGUUUCCCCAGAAGGUGUAGUUAUGCCUGAAAAUAGAGGAAAAAAAUGCCCACCUAACAAACUUGCCCCCGAACAAUUGGAUAUGCUGAAAACACACAUACUUUCAUUUCCGGCCAUGGAAUCACAUUACUGCAGAAAGAACUCGGAAUACAAAUACCUCGAUGCUGGACUGAAUGUACAAAUAAUGUACUCGCUGUAUAAAAAGAAGUGUGAAGAAGAAGGUACUAUUCCAGCCGGUAUGGAAACAUAUCGAAAAGUUUUCAGAUCAUACAAACUGAGGUUUCAUGUGCCUAAAAAAGAUCUGUGCAAAAAAUGUGUAGCCUUCAAAGAUACAAAAAGUAAUGCAACAAUCUUAGAAGAUGCGAAUCAUUCCAAACAUCUCAAGAGACGUGAUGAUGCCUUUCUGCGUAGAGACGCUGACAAGGCAGCAGCAAAUAAUAAUAAAAAUGUUUUGGCCUUCAACUUCGACCUUCAAGCUGUUCUCCACACACCUAAAGGUGCUGCUGGACCAUUCUUUUAUGUCCGUAAACUGCCAGUUUACAAUUUGACGUGCUACAGAUUUGGCGAUAAAGAUGUCGAUUGUUUUACUUGGGAUGAGACUGAAGGAAAACGUGGAAGUAUUGAAAUAGCGACAUGCAUAUACAAAUAUAUUUCAGACAAGCAAGAUAUAACACAUGUAAGAAUGAUGUCAGAUAAUUGUGGAGGACAACAAAAAAAUUUUCACUUUUCUUGUAUGUUGCUACACUUAGUAACAACCCAUCCGACAAUACACACAAUUGACCACGUGUUCUAUGAGCCAGGUCACAGCCACAUGGAAUGUGACUCUGUUCACUCAAAGAUUGAGCAAAAGUGUAAAAACACUGCAGUUUACACUCCGGAUGGAUGGCUUCAGGUAAUGAGGUUAGCUAGAAGGAAUCCCCGUCCAUUUAAUGUAACAGUUUUAAGUCAUGGGGAGUUUUUGGACUUCAAUCCAAAUAAUUGUCAUUUUGCUGCAGAAACAACGAAGAAGACACAAUCAAAGAAAUGUAAAGAAAAAGAAACAUGGAAUACCACUAAUAAGAAAAAAAUAAACUUCCAAGAUGCUGUGUGGAUUCAAUAUCUUAAAAACAGUUCAAAGUCGAUUUUCAUUAAAACUGAUUAUAAUGAAGAAAGUUUCAAAGAAAUGAAGAUAAAGGCAAAAAAAGGAAAAAAUACAUCGUUAAUGCCUACGCAUGUUUACAGCAGCAGACUGCCUAUUUCGACAGCCAAAAAAAGAGACUUGAUGAAGUUAUGUGCAGAGAACCAGAUACCAAAAUACUAUCACUCAUUUUAUGAAAAUUUGCCUGUUUCGUCAACAGUCCAAGACCGCUUACCAGAGCCUGAUGCUGAAGAGGUAGAUUAA